AUGAAUUCACCAGCAAUCGAGUGGGAUAAAAUGAAAGAAAACAAUGACACAAUGGUUAGAGUGGUCCAAUAUCUAAAUUCUUUAGUCACUACAAUUAAUCCAAGGAUAGAUGCACCUGUACCUGAUAGUCAUUCUUGUCAGAAGCGUGAUGACGAACUACAAGAUGACCUGCAAGAUUAUAUUGAGUUAAUUAAUAAAUUGCAGUGUCAUACAAGAUGUAGUUCGUCAUACUGUCUUCGUAUUAAUCGUGCGGGUGAACAAUAUUGUCGAUUUGGCUAUCCAAAAGAAAUUGUAGAACAUACCUUUAUACAUGAUGAUGAUCACGGUCAUCCAGAGCUUAUAACGGUGAGGAAUGAUCCUUAUAUCAACCCGCAUGAUCGACUUCAGCUUCAGGGAUGGCGUGCUAAUGUUGAUUUGAAACCAGUUCUCAGCACCCAUGCAGCUCUUCAGUACAUCUCUAAAUAUGCAAGCAAAUCUGAGCCGCGUUCCGAAGCUUUUUCAGAGAUAUUGAAUCGAAUUCUCUGCAACAGCAACUCUAAUGAUUCAUCACUUGCUUCAUUUCAGAGGUUACUUCUUCAUACUGUUGCAGAGCAUGAUAUCUCUGCACAAGAAACUUGCCACCUUCUACUUGGCAUCCCACUCUACCAUUCUAGUCGUCAGUUUGUAUCAUUAAAUCUUAAUAAAGAUGCUCCACGAGUGCUUUGUGGUGCUGGAAAUGAGAAUGAAUUUUUAAUAAAUGACAAUAUUGGAAAAACGGUGAAAUCGUCCUUACAAAAGUAUUGGGAUCGGCCUAAUGAACUUGAAGAUGUUUCACUUUAUCAGCUCUACUUAAAAUAUAAGUUUUUUAAUGGUAGAUGGAGCAAAUGUAAAAGUGAAAACAUCAUACGCAUUUGGCCACGACCUUCACCCCAGCACAAUGAUCCUCAAUGGGAAGAAUUUUGUCGCCUAAAAGUUCUUCUUCAUGUUUGCCACCGAAGUCUUGAGCAGCUUAUUAUAAAUAACACAACUGCUUGGUCUGAUCUCUUUGAGCAUUAUAUUUCAGAGAUUAAUAAUGAUCCCGUUAAUUUGCUAGGCCCUCUUAUAUAUAAUAUAGAAGAUGAAUUUAGUGACGAGGAAGAUGAACAGCAGGAGGAUAGUGAAUACGAGAAUGAAAUACGAUCAGAAUGGAUGCUUUUGUCGGAAAUGGGCCCAAAUACAAUUAUAGAUAAUUAUUCGGAUUUGGGAUCACGUGCAAUAGAUAAGAACCACGAUUGGGUUGGUGAUACCAGGAGACGUCAUCCCAAUCUCAAUAUCGAAGAUGUGUUGACUUCUUUGCAGCGAGUUCGAAAUGAAGAGACUAUGGAUUUUGAGAAUAUAACUACUGAUAUAUUAGAUUUUCGAACUUUAAAUGAAAAACAGAUGGAAAUAUUCAAACGAAUCGAGGCACAUUAUAUUGCUGCAACUGUAGAUCAUAAUAACGUCGAACCUCUUAGAAUUAUCAUUAUGGGAACUGCAGGAACCGGAAAAUCUUAUUUAAUCAAAGCAGUUGUAGUUCGGCUUAAUGAAUUGGCAAAAGAUCAUGGUGUUGAGAAAAAAUCACCUGUACUCCUGCUUGCGCCAACUGGAGUUGCAGCAUACAACAUUCAUGGAACGACAAUUCAUUCGGCACUCUCCAUUCCAGUAAAUUGCACUAAUUUCGAUCUAAAUGGCGAACGUCUAAAACAAUUACAAAAUAAGUUACAAGAUGUAAAAUAUUUUAUCAUUGAUGAAAAAAGCAUGGUCGGACAUAGAACACUCGCCUUAAUCGACAUGCGAUUACGACAGGCUUUUUCUGAGCAACGAGAUCAACCUUUUGGUAAUCAGUCUGUCAUUCUAAUCGGUGAUUUUGGACAACUCCCACCAGUUCUUGAUGAUCCCAUAUAUACAUCAACCCUUCGACGUGAUUCACUAUCAAAUAAUGGCAUUAUUGCAUACAAACAAUUUUUAGAGGUCUAUAAGCUUGAUGUUGUUCAACGUCAAUCUGGAAACUCGGAAGACCAAUGCCAUUUUAGGAAUAUAUUAUUACGUCUUCGUGAUGGAGAGUCCACAAUGGAUGACUGGAAGACACUUACUACACGGCUCGCUAAUUCUCCUGGAGUAGAUAAUAGCGAAUUUUUAGAUGCAACACAUAUUCUACCUUGGAAGACUGACGUAAAUGAGGUUAAUUUUAAUAAACUAAGAGCAUUAAACUGUCCCGUUGCCAGAAUCAAUGCUCACCAUGCAAUGGGUAGCCGUGAAGCAUCUAAAGCUGAUUCUAAUACAGCAAAAGGUCUUGAGCCUUACCUGUUGUUGGCUCGAAAUGCACGCAUCAUGCUUAGGGCUAACCUAUGGACUGAAGCUGGGUUAGUUAAUGGUUCGAUGGGAGUGAUCCAAGAAAUUUUGUUCGAAAAAGAUAAAGCUCCUCCUUGCCUUCCAAGCGUACUUCUUGUCGAAUUUGAAGACUAUAGUGGUCCUCCUAUUAUAACUAUAGAAAACAAGAGAUUAGUUCCCAUAAUACCGAUUCAGCAAAUCUGGGAAUCAAAAAAUGUAACAUGCUCACGUUUACAACUCUCUAUUUGUCUUGCGUGGGCAAUUACGGUACAUAAAAGCCAAGGAUUAACGCUUGCAAAGAGUAAAAUAGAUCUUGGGGAAAGAGAAUAUGCAGCUGGGCUCUCAUUUGUGGCAGUGUCCCGAGUUUGUACACUCAAAGAUCUUCUUUUCCGUCCAUUUUCUCUCGAAAGACUUCAACGUAUAAAAAAAUCCAAGAGACUGCAAGAAAGAAAGGCUGAGGAGGAACGACUAUUUUCCCUAAUAAAAUAA